ACCAGGCUGUCUGCAGGCUGUAAUAACCAGCAGAGUGGAACCCUAACUGUGCUUUCUCCAGCCUCACCUUCAAGCUUCUGACACACGAACACAACCAAACGUUCACUUGCUUUGCGACAGGUGCUUGAGAUAUUUACACAAAUAAGAGCUUCUUUAGUCAGCGGUGGCUGCGGCGAUGGUGGAGGGGAAACCGUAUCGAUACGGGCUGAUAGUGGCGGGGCUGUGUGUGGCGUCAGUCGGCCUCUUCAUCAUGACUCAGGAGCAACCGCACAUCUACGCCGCCAUGUGCGCUCUGGGCGUCACCAUGGUGUGUAUUGGGACGGCGUGGAGCCUCUGCCAGUGCUAUCCUAAGGUCAUAUUGGCUCCUGAGAUUCAAGAGAAAAGUGGAGAGGAUGUGGUGUAUACUGCAGCAAGGCAUGCUGAGGCUCUGCAGAGUCUCUGUGGCCAGAAGUCGAGCAGCAGCAGACUUCUACCCGAAGCGCUGAUGAGCCACAGCUGUCCUACAUUACACCUGGUCUGACGGAGGAACACCGUCCACCAUCAGAGGACUCAACUCACACUGCACCCCGGACAGUGAAGACACC